AUGCCCUCGGAUUUGCGCUCGACUGACACCGCGACGCGCUCGCCCGCCCCCGAGCGACCCUCUCCUCCUGCGUCCUCGACCAGCCGACCACUUCUCCGUACCUUCCUCGUGUGCUUCUUCGCUGCGUUGUACGCACUGGCUGCGAUUCGAUGGAGUCUGCCGCCGCACAGCUGGGUGGAAAAGUGGAUCGCAAGGCGGGUUUCGCAGGACCGGGCCGCAUGGACUCGACCUGGACUGAGAACGGUCGAAAGGUACUCUCCGCAACACAAGUACCGGCCCGCCGCUGCGCCUGUCAUUACGUCAGUCGGCAAGGACGGCAAGGUGUACCGCAAGGGAGAGUACUACUGA